AAUCCAAGAUGGCGACCCCAGCAAGCGGCAAAGAUGAGCUUGGUAAGUUUACAUCGUCUGUUUUCCUCUUCUUCUAGCGGUUUUAUUAACUUAGAGCAAUAUUGAAAUGAAUUGAAUUGUCCUCAUUUUGUAAGAACUUCUCGAAAGAGUAUUUCUACGUGUUGCUUCGGCCGAAUCCGAUGACCAGCUGGAGAAGACAGUGAAAACGUUUUUGUGCCCGCUUCUUCUAAAGGUUUCUAGUCCCCAUCAAGAAGUCAAGAAUAAGGUGUGUAAGUGAGAAAGAAGUAAUUCUGUUACAUUUAAUGAUAACUUCCUCGUUCUAUCUUCUUAAUUUGAAAACGCUGAAACCUCAAAACUGAAAGUUCCACAUUACUAUAAUUUUAACUUAGCUUUAUUAAUGCAUAUGCUCACGCCAGGAAGGUACAUUUUUUAACUUAUCAUUUUUAAAAGUGUCUCUAUAAUUAAAAGAAGGGCUAUAAAUUAUCAGUUAUAUUAAUUUUAAGCAAUGUUUUUGCAUCCAUUUUUAAAAACGGAAUUACCCCACACGGUAUAUGGUAUCUUGUGAGUCUUUGGACCACAUUUCAAGGCAAUCCGUAAAGUUUACAUACCCUAUUAAUUUGUUCAAAGAAGGCACAUUUGCGUAAAAAAGAAGAAGGCUAUUAUUGCUUCCAAAGUUUUCCCAAAAAUUUACGCCUUUGAGCGACCACAUGUCAAGUUAUGUCACAUAACAACUUCACGUCGAUUUAAGUAUGUACCCACGUUUCUUGGAUCGUGAAGUAGUCAUAGAUUUAUGCUGUUGUUCAGGUUCAUUUCUGAAUCAGUGGGGUUCUCGUCAGAUUUCGCUCGUAAAUGUAAGACUGCUAUAGAAAUCGGAACGCCCUUUGAUGACGUGUGACAAUUUUCUUUUGUUUAUCAUCCAAAACCAACUAUAGCUUCCAUUCCGAAAAUUUUGCUUUUAAUUUCUUAACCACAGAAAGGCGUUUAACCUCUAUAAUAAGACAUAAGUAUAUGUGAGCGGCAAAUGGCAAGAACUGAACUUUGUCGUCUGCCUUUCAUCUUUAAGGGCAGUAAUGUGAAAAUAUAUGCAUUUAUUGUAAUUAGAAGAUAUUUGUGUAUUUCUCUGUUGGAUCUAUUGGAUAAGAAGAAAAAUAGGUGAAAUUUAUCAUUUGUGUUUUCCGUGAACUACGUUAAAAGUCCUGUCCAUUUCUUCCACAUGCUCUCUAUAUCAUAUUCUGUUGGACGAGUGUUCUAAAACAGAAUUCUUCAAUUGGUUUUCUUUCCAAAUGAUUCAAGUUUAUUUACUGAAGAAUUUCUCUUUUCUUUUUCAACUGGAAACAAUAGCUUAAAUGUAAACAACAGAAGUUUGGAGUUCAUUGACAAAAACAGCUCGCAAGCACACCCAUCCCACAAACACUUCCUCCAUCAAAUGCUUUCAAAGACUUCUAAUGAAUUUCAGAUUUGUAGACAGGUGUUAGGAGCUGUCAGACUCAAAGCUACAUAUUUUCUUAGAUCGGACUCUUGUAAAUUUCGAUUGUGAUCUAGCGUGUACUUAUUUGAAUGUUUAUGAAUACAUGACUUGCAAACAUGCUUCACACACGCUGGCAAAAGAUGGGUGUGCAUAAAUUAAAACACCAAUAACAGGAAGUAAAAUACAAAUUUGGCUUACAAUAAUCAAAUAUACUCAUUCAAGGUCUCUUUUUAAAGCUCUGAAAAUGCUCUGUUUUAAUAAAUACAAAUGAAACUUGAGAACAUUGAGGGAAAAAACUUGAAGGGAUAAAAUGUUUUCAAUCAUUCUUUGGAGUUCAUUGACAAGUCAAAACAAAAAGGAUAUACAUCUACUUAUAGACGCUGCCGCUGGAAGUUGCUUAAUUGUGCUAUUAUUUCAUUCCCUUGAGUCUUCCUCUAAAAGAUCUCACCAUUUCCAGAAUGAACGCUUCUGGCGGUUCUACAUGCCCCCCCCCCCACUCUGAAGUGAAUACCCAAAGGAAUAAAUCAAGCCUUCUAUGCACAAAAUCCAGCAGUAGCACCCAUUUCUCAAUGACACACUUAAAUCAAUAUGAAGUUGUAAUGAACACUGAAAACAUGAACUACUGGAAAAAGAAAAAAAAAAUGGAAUGGUUAUGCUUAGUUUGACAUGAAAAAAAUUAUGUAUAUAAAUAAAUAAAAAAUGAAGAAAAUAAAAAAAAUUUUACCCUCAAAGAUCUGCCUUAUCCUUUAAAUCAAACCAGGAACAAUAUUCUUAAUUAAUAACAACAGCAGACAUUCAUAUUGAAAUGAUUCUUUUACAAACAUCACAAAGGAAUUAUGAGUCCCUAAUAAAUCGGCAACAACUCUUUUAAUUAACUCCUUAUCAACAAAUAUGAGUUAGUGAGGGGUUAGGAGGAGAAUAAUGUGAGGAAUUUGUAAUGUUUCACUCUGCAGGUAAUGACCAUAUUGACUCAUCUCAACAAGCGUUUGAAGAGCCGACCACAAAUCCAGCUCCCUGUAGAUUCACUGCUGUCGCAAUAUCAAGUGAGUUACAUACACAUUUACUUUCAUUUUGUUUCCAAAGGCUAUCAUGCAUGAGCUAAUCCAAUGGCAGAAAUUUCUUAAAAAGUGUUAUUACCGGGUGCUGAAACCAAUGUAACCUACAUCACACAGCUUCUACAUGUUGGUACUUACAUUAACAUGUUGAGGAAUACAAGAACACCUCCUUGAUUAGAAAACAGUUCUGUGAAAAGCAUGGCUUGGCUCCAAAGAAUCUUUCCAAGAAUUCUAUGGUCUUAAAGAAAUCCAAGAACAACUUUGACUGUCUUAUCAAUGAAAUGUUCUUGGUUAACAAUCUAAGUCUUAAUGUACAAUCUGACUCACUUAUUGCCAAAGUCUUUGUGUGAGCAAAAUUUUGUCUUUUUUAAAUGUUUUGUUUUUGCUUUAAUUCUUCAUAGUUUUCUUUAUGAAACUUAAUCAGUUCUUUUGUGAAACUCUGUUGGGUACAUGAUUGGUUUUUUAGUUCAACAGUUAAUACACAGUACAUUAAUGAUCAUUAACACUUCUGGUUUUAUGGUAGUUACUUGUGCUGAAAAGUUUUACUUCAAUUUAAUUGUCCUUAUUGAUUUCAGGAUAAAACAGUACCAGCCUUUGUUAUUGUAAGUAAUACUUUAUAUUUGUAACUUCCAGAUGUGUUUAACAGGGCUUGAAAUUAGCACUCACAAACUCGUGAAAUGUGAGUGGUUUUUCGAAGUUGCGAGUCUAAAAAAUAUCCUCUAGCAAACUAGGUUCCUUCUUUUGCUAGUAAAAAAAAAUCUUACUAGCAAAACUUUGCUAGUAGACAAAAAAGUUAAGUUCGAGCCCUGUUUAAGCUCUUAUGAAGUUUUUUUUGUGUAUGAUAAUUUGAAUCAUCCAAAAGCAUAAUUUCAGUAAAUGUAUGUUAUUCACCAGGCGGGAGGUUUUUGGGAAAAACUGUGCCCUCUGUCUUGUAUCCAAGACCUCAGACCUCAUACGGACCAACCUUGGUUGAUGAAUAACAUUUUUAUUUUUUUCUAAAACCUAACAAAUGGUUGCGAAAAGAACCUGAAUGAUAAAGGGCUGUUAUUACGGCAAGAUUCUCCAUAAAUGGAACAAUUUAUAAGUGAGUAGAUGGUAGAGAAAACAAGGGCAAUGCAAAUGAAUAUAAAAAAAAGGUGAUUUAAAAAGGCUCCCAAAAAAACUUCGAAAUAUUUUUCCGGAUACUGCCCGCUGUGAGCAGGCCAGAUGGGAAGAAUACUUCCCACUCUCGGAACCAAUCAGAUUGCAGGAUUUGUAGAAUACCACCUGCUCAUGAACUGAGAAAAAAAUAAGAUGGAAUAAGUAAAAAAAAAAAAAUUAAAUUGAAUUGCUACCUGUGCAAAACCUUAGAUUUUCUUUCUUUUCCUAUCUUUUUUGUUUUAAGAAUUUCGACAUGAUAUAUCUAAGAAUGGGUUUUCCACGACUCACUCUUGCAAAACAAGCAGAAUUGGCUCCACAGCUGAUGAAGUGUAUUCAAGAUAAACCGCAACCUCAGCAAGAUUGGUGAGUGAUUAACAUAUUUUGGUUUAAAAUGUCAAACAGUUACAGUUCUCUCUUACUACAUGUAGUGAUGAAGCAAUGGUUCAGUCUUAUAACCCUUUUCUCCCUAACACCAGACUGAGUUUGAUCCAUAUUCUCCAUUCUCUUCUCUAUAAAUUUCCUUGGUACUAGCAAGAAUAAUUUGUUUAACAGUCAAAGCCUCUUACUUUAGUGAUCAUUUCCUUUAUUCUCAUUAUCUUAAUUAAUGAUGCUGUAGCAUUACUGUUAGGGGAAAUUAGAUGCUGGUCACUCUUUGGGUUGGAAAUGUUAAAUUAUCUAUUCAUAGUCGCUUUGACUACUUUUUAAUACUGUAUAGAUGUUGGUAGCUUGCCAUUUAUAGACAGCUAAAAGUGAGAGCCAGAGACAAAUGGAAAGCAAGUCUAGCUUGGCAUAUAUUUUUUAAAUUUAGCCUCCUGCAGCUGGUUUUACCAGUCUUAGGUCAUUUAAAAGUUCCAGAUUCCAUAGAGGGAAGACAAAAGAUGUUUCAAUUUACAGAGAAGUCAGUGGUGUCUCAGAUCUUAAAGGAUUUUCUUCUUGAUGUUCUGUUGAUGCCAUACAGGUGUGAGAGUUUUUGUCCCUUUCUAUUUAGAUGGAAGUCUUGUGUUGUUAAGUUCUUAUAAUUGUAGAGGCUGUUUUCAAAUUUUCUCUUAUUUUAGCCAGCUAUGACCAUUAUUUGUGAUAUCAUUAUUUGUGAUGUAACAGCUGAUCAUAAAGAACAAUGUACAUGUGGCUUGUGUAGCACUUAACAGAAGUGAUCUUAAAGUUUCAAUUGUUGGCCACCAUGCAUGUGCAAAUUAAAUCUGAUUCUGCAGUCUCUAUAUCCCUCCCCUGUCCCCCUCAUUUCCCCCCCCCCCUUGGUGAUCCAUGGGCAUUUGAUUGUCAUCCAUGCCCCAGGUGUGGGAAGUUUGAACAUUGCCUGGGUGGGGUGGGGAAUUUGAACCUAUGGAAUACUUUCUUGUGAUUUAAUUUUAAACAUGGAGGAUUUUCAAGAAAAGGAGUUCACUUUCAUAAGCAAAUUUUCACAUCAGAGAAUGAUGCUUACAAGCAAAGAACUCAACAGCAGGGCAAAAAACUUAAUUUGCUUAAAUUCUACAGAAUUCGUUGAUCCCACAAAGAAUUGUUUAAGGAAAAAAUUGUGCUUGAAUUAAUAGGGAAUUUGAACCCAAUUUUCACCAUGGGCAAGGAGGGGGGGAUUAUUUGAAUGAACCAAUCUUCAAAAGUUCAAAUGCUCAAGGGGUUACUUAGGGGGUGGAUGUUGAAGCUUCUUAUUGCUCAGUGCAUAAUGGUUUUGGCACACAUCAUCACUCUGGUUUGAAAACAGGCAAAGGGGCAGUCAUUUUAGGAGAGAUUGUUAUUUCAAAUUUCAGUCAACAAGAGGGGAGCCUUUUCUAAAUGGUUAUUCAAUCAAACAUAAUCAAUGAUUUAAGGAUUCUUUUGCUUCUUAAAUGCUGUUCUUAGAAUCAGUCUCAAGCAAUGUUUGUAACCUUGUUUGUAGCACAACAAAGCGCAAGCCACGUGUGGUCACCAUAGGGUCUGCAUCCUCUCAGUCUUCAGAAUCAAAUGCUGCUGCUGAAGAAUCAGACCAAUCUUCCAAUAUCACCCCUGCUACACCUUCCUCUGAGGCUCCACCUGGAUUGAGUUUAGCAGCUGUGAAACGAGUUACUGGUGAUAUCCCUUUAGAGCCAAACAAACUAGAACAGGUAUAUUAAUCCUCAGACAUGUGAGAAAUGAUUUCUUUCAUCCAUUGACAUAGGAAUACUCACUUUUAAGCCACUUUCCAUACUAGCCUUGCACAUCAAGGAUUUUGAUACAUUUUUAAUAACUAACUUUUGCAUUCCUUUUGACCCUUCACACCCUAUUAUUAUAGUAUGCAUAUUCUCCAUACUGUUCUCUAUGCAUUUGUUUAACAAUAAUGAGCUUCUUAAGUUUGUGAUCACUUCCUUUAUUCUCAUAACCUUUACAUUAUAUGUGUGAUUUGGGGCGGAUACAGGGCUCAAAAUUAGCACUCGCAAACUCGCGAAAUGCGAGUGGUUUUUCAAAGUUGCAAAAAAAAAUCCUCUCGCAAACAUUUGCGAGUACCGGUAUUUUUCCAGUAGAAUUUCGAUUAAAAAAUUAACGCUGAAAAUGGCUGCAUUGAAAAGUUGCUAGUUAGGUUCCUUCUUUUGCUAGUAAAAAAAAUCUUACUAGCAAAACUUUGCUAGUAGACAAAAAAGUUAAGUUCGAGCCCUGUGAUAUAUAUAAAGUAAGGAGAAAUAAGAUGCUCAUCACUCUUAGGGGUCAAAGGGUGAAACAUGGGUUGGCUCUUAAGAACUUAAUCAUUCUUUCAACAUUUUUGCCAAACAAUUCUGAUUACAAUGAAUAAAUUGGGAAGCGUAUCAGUGUGUAUUUGCUUCUUUAUUUGCUUGAUGAUGCAUGUGUUUCAAUGCCCUCCUUGUAUAAGUGACAUUUUCCUUUUCCUUCUGAUUCAUCAACGACUCAAAUCAAGCAAAUCUUUGGCUACUGCUCCUUAGUUGAAAACUUUGUGAGGCAAUGCAGCAUGUAUGAGGGUAACAUGAUAGCUCUUUUAAUUGUGUAAAUUUUCUGUUGUCGAUUGGUCACUUUUUCAAAUCCAAAAGUUCUUUGCUUUACACCACAAUGUAACACAAGGAAAGUUGUAGCACUCAGAGUAACAAAGGCAUAUAAGUUGUGCAUUUUUUUCAUCCAUGUGCAGAAAAAAAUUGUAUACGCAUGUCUGACUAUCCUGCAUCUGAGCAAAUGAAAUUCAUCUGCACAGUUAACAUAUAUCUGAGUGGUACUGUAGUUAAGUCAGAGUUUCCUUUAGCUCACAUGUGAAACUCCCAAUGAAGGGACAUCCUAGUACAUACAGAAAGCUGGUUCACUGACACCUUGGUUUCACUCUUUUUUUAAUUUUUUUUUAGAUUAAACUUGGAAUUCUGAAAUUCUUAGCACAGGAUUUGUUUGAACCCAGUGAAAUCAUUUGUCAUUUUCUGGUUGCUACGGGAGACACAAGACACAGGUAUGGUAUGCAUGUCAAUCUGUUUCAUUGGCAGUAAGCUCCUCUCUAACCUUUGUACAUGGAUUUUUUCUGUGAUAUAGUUAUUGAAAACUACCCAGUUCUUCGAAAAAACAGUGAAAGCUAGUUUUCUUUGAUUGAUGUCAGAUUUCAAUGAUAUUUUUCUGUAAAUUUGAUUUUAGUGUUCUGGAUGUUGGGGAUCAUGAACUAAAGAGAAUAUCAAGGUGAGCACUUCUCUUCCUAAAUCUUAAACUAUAAGUAAUUCUGUUAAUUUUUUCUCUAGCAUCUGAGCAGUCUGGUAGUCCUAACUCCUCAAAUCUGAUUGGCUAAUUCUGUGGGCUUCAGCGGUCUUGAUUUUUCCAUCCGAACCCCAGAUACAGACUGCACUAAUCUUGGCAAUUGGCACUUUUCAAUUGUUUCAUCAAAUACGUGUAAUGAUGUAAAUAUUGUAACAUGUGACUCACAGUUAUGGAUUUAGAGUACAAAGACUAUCAAUGCACAAGGGCAUUUUAUUAUCCUGAAGAGGAAAACAUACCUCAAGUUUCAAAGUUCGCUUGAAAGCCUUUCAAAUCACAUUAUUUUAUCAUUUUUAACUCAAAUGAAAUAAUGUUUCAGUGAAGUCUCUUACUUUUAAUUUGCAUAACCCUCAGUUGGUUUUCUAUACUACCUACUUGCUAAAAAACUUGUUCUGUUUUUAUAGGGUCUUGCCAUAAUUACAGCUCUUAAUUACUUUGGUUCUCUUUUCACUAGGAAAAAAAUGUUAUUCACCUGCCUAAAUUUUGGUCAAUAAUGGGAAAACUGUGUCCUUUGUUUUGAGUGGCACCCUUGGCGUAUGACCUCAGGCAGUAUCCAAGACCUUAGCACAGUUUUUCCCAAUAUGAACCUUGAGGCUGGUGAAUAAUGUAUUAUAACUGUCUUUGCUAUUUGGGAACUAUUUUGCAGCUCAACAGACUUUGAGAAUCCAAUGGUUGUAAAUAAGAUGCUUGGUAUCUUUCAAGGAACUACACCUGUUGCUGGAACUACAAACCAGGUACUCCUUUGGGUAGAGCUGUAUAAAAAUAAACUCUGAUUUCUAAGAAAAGUUAAUUAAACUGGCCCACAUAGCAAUCCACAAGCACAGUAUAUUUUAACAUCAGUUUUAGUUGGCUUGAUGCUGUUUAAUUCCUUAAGCGCCAGUGCAAGUCAUUUUCAUGACAAUCCUCUUCUUGUUGAGAUUUGAAAUGUUUUUCUCCAAGUUUGAAAGGUGUUGUGGCCACUUACUUUAAAGGGGAGUAGUUCCCAGAAACCACCUUAUUUGUCUCUUUGAUUUGAAAGUAAACACCAAUUUACCACUUCCACUUUUCUCAGCUUCCAACCAAAACGUAACCUUGUGAAAUUGUCUUCUAAUGUCCUAGAAAUUUGGCUGCAAACACAGUCACUUUCAACUUGAUUACAGUUCUGCAUUAGUAACUGAUUUCUGAACAUGGUGGCACAGAAUAUUUUUCCAGAUUGUAACUCAAAAUGUUGGGGAACAGAAUAUACUUGUCGUCAAGAGUUGCCUCUUCAACUUCUCUCUUUUUUUCAUUAAUUUUAAUUUACAAGGUUUACAUGUAUAACGGUUAUUAUAUUGAGCUGAAGUUUGUGACCAUGUUGGUAAGAUUCUCAAUGGUGGUUCAUCUCUCAGUGAACUGCAAGUUUGCUGAGAUUCAAUCUGCCUAAAGGUUUUUUUUUUCCAAUGUACAUGUAACUGGAAAGCAUGUCAUAAACUCAUGAUAUGAAAACAUCUGACUUGGGGGAGUGGUGACAAAAAUCACAAGCCUAGUCUUCUGGGGUCUCAAUAGUUAGCCUCAGCAAUAUUGAACCCCAACAGUUUGCAUCCACUGUCAGAUUUAUUUUGAAGACAUUUUCCAAAAGAUCUGAUUGCUGUUUUGGAUCUUGAAUAACUUCUGUGCCUUUUCAUUUUACAUUGUUCUAAUCAACUGCUGGUAAUGCAUGAUUUCUGGAGCACUUUUGUCCUUAAAUGAACUUUGCUUGUGAUGUGGAGGUCGUUGAGAUCAAGGUGAGAUUACUUGAAGUAUCCCUUUCCUUAACUAUCUGUUUGCCUUUUUGCUCUACAGGCAGCACAAAUCCCGCCAGAUCAGAAGAGAUCACCAGCAGGUAUUAGACUGAAGCAAAGGAUUUAUCCUUACCUUCUGAGGUCCAGAAGGGCUGCUGAUCAAUUUCCAGCCUGUCUACAGGUACAUAUCUUGAAUUAUUUUACAUAGGUCAUGGCAUUUGGUUACCACUCCUUCUGUACUCAGUUGAUUCAUGCCCAGCUAGGACCAUUCAUGCCCAGUCAAUUUUAUUAGUUGUUUGGUACUUAUACAAAUAAGGUUUUUUUUGUCCCCAUACAAAAACCAUUAGGUUUGAUAUGGACAAAAACUGGGUAUGAAUUGUCUGAGUUUGAGUACAAAUGGCUGGGUACAAAAUGGCAGUGGGUACAAAAUGAUUAGAUACUUAGCAUUCUCAUGAAAAUUUCACAUGACAAAGUGGCCUUAAGUGACAAUUGAUACAUGUUAUCAGGCAUGUCAAAUAACUUAGAGAUCUGAACAGGUGUUGGUAGAUUGUUCCAUGUCAUGUGACGAUAUCUUAGAUCUGUUCUGAGUAUUGAGUUCAAUGAUACAAGAAGAUCUUUGGAUGAUAAGCUGAACGCCAAAUAUUUGUUUCAAUUCUUUUGUAAACUUCUCUGAAAUUCUGUGUCUUAAUCAAUUCAUCAACUAAUUCACCAUUUCCUUGGUCAUUAUGAUAGAUUAUAUUUGACAGUCUCUUUGGCAAGGAGCUCAACAGCAAGCUGAGGGUGUAUGCUGUUCAAUUUGUCCACCACAUCUGUUUGUGGAGUUCUGAGAAAGUUAUGAACAUGAUGGGACCUGUUCUUCUUGGUGGAAUGACAAAAUUGAUCAAUGAAGAUAAACAGGUUUGUAUAGGAAUCAAGCAAGCUUGUAAAUUCAGUCAGAUUUCUCCUUGAUCUAUGUGGAUUUCAUUUACAUUUUAAGGUGAAAAAAAAAAACAAAAACAAAAACAAAAACAGAUAUAAAAACAGAAAUUGUGUUUGAAAAGGAUUGAGAAUGAAGCAUGGGCAUGAGCAGAAUUAAUGCAUAGUUGUCAUGUGAAGGAUAAUAGUUUUAAAACAGCAGGAAUAAUAAUAGUCACUCAUUUUGCAGGAUCCAAAUCUGAAACGAUUGGCAUAUACUGCUAUUGGAAAGCUAGCAAAGUAAGUGUGAUAUUAUUUACAGUAGUUUGUACUUAUCUUAAUUAUUUUGAUCAAAAUUGGAAUUAUCUACUGAUCAAUUUGAAGUGGGGGUGGGGGAAAUUUGAGCCAUGCCUGGCUGGGGUAGAGAAUUUGAACCCAGAAUGUCAAGUCUUUCUAGCAAAAUACAGGUGUUAUGUUUUUAAAUAUGGAGAUGCUUUAGGUAAACAGUUUAAUUUUGUGAGGAAAUGGCUUGGAAGAAGAAGGUCCAUAAGCUUGGUCAAUGUGUACAAAAUUUGCCUUUUACAAAAAAGUUGGAUGGGGCAUUUGAACACAAUUUUUUCCAUACGAGGAUGGGAAUUUGAACAUACCAAUCUCAAGGUUAAAUGCCAGGGGGCAAGGGGAGUGGGUAUGUUGAUUGAUGCAUUACUUUGAGACAUUUUGUACAAUAGAAGUGGUGCUUGAAGGGUAAACAUGUAUUCUGUUGCUCAUAGCUACAUGAAACUUUGUUAUCAUAAUCUCAGGCGCCUUCCUCAACUGUUUUGCAAAGAUGUGGCACUUAUUCAAAGGCUGUUCCAAGCCCUUUGUCAGGUUGGUUUGCUGUAACCUAGUAACAUUAUGCAGGUGAAAUCUUCUGUGAAUUUAUGGGAUUACCAAGAUCACUGACUCUUCAUGUUACAUCCUCUAGGAAAAAAAACUUAUAACAACUAUUAUCAAUAACUACUAAUUCUACAAUUAACUAUGGAUUAUAUCUGUUAUCUAUAUAAGGAACUUAAGCUUACCACCCUUGAUGGUUGUUAUUGGAUUUCCUUGUCAUUAACCCUUUAACCCUGAGAGUGACUGGCAUCUAAUUUCUCCUUACAAUAUCACCCCUGAAUCAAACAUUAAGUCAUGAGAAUGCGGGAAAUGAUCAACAACUAAGAACUCUUGACUGUGAAACAAAUUCUCCUUUUCAGAACCUUAAGAAAUGUAUAGAGAACAGUAUGGAGAAUAUGCAUCCUGAUGUUAGGCUGUUAAGGGUUAAUCUUUUUGUUUUUGUUUUCUCUAUCAGUUGUUGUAAAUUGUUGAAGAAAUGUAAAAUGGUUUCUGUGUUUACAUAGCCUGAUGUAAACACUUGGGAGGUUGGGAGAACAUGAGAUAAGCUGGAAACCACUCCGCUUCGCGUCGUGGUUUCCUACACUUAUCUCGUGUUCUCCCAACCUCCCGCGUGUUUACAUCAGGCUAUGUAAACACGGAAACCAUUUUACAUUUCUUUUGUAAAAUAACUAGUGAAAGAGGAACGAAAACCGUGUUUACAUACGCUCAUGUAAAAUGGUUUUAUGGCCAAUCAGAGCGCGCAUACUAUUUGAAUUAUUUUAUAAAGUAAUAUUGUGUAUAAUUGCAAAUAAAACAAAUUUAAAUGUGAAAUAAAGAAGUGUGUGGAUUUGGUGGAAGAUGUGCCACAUUGUUGUGAAUGCUUAGUUCUGCAUCCCUGAAGGAGACAGUUUGGGUAAAAAAAACUGGUUUAUUUAGCAUUUGAAAAAACUUGCCCAGCCACCUCUCUUUGAAAAGGGGCAUGAAUGAGUUGAAUAAACUAUCAAAGAACCUUAGAUAUUGCAUGCUUGGGGAGGGGAACUUGCUUUAGACUACAACCUCAUCUAGAAAAACUUCCUAAUGUUUUUUUGGUUGUAAGGUGAACCUUUUUGUUUUAUCUUCCUGUUAGGAUUAUUGUGAUAUCUUUUGGUUCAUUUAUUAUGACAUACAUGUCAUCGAUGUUAUGUGGAAGUUUAACAUUGUUCAUGGGUCACCUAACCUUUACACCCUAACAUCAGUAUGCAUAUUCUCCAUACUGUUCUCUUUACAUUUCCUGUAGCACUGACAAGGAGAAUUUAACAGUUAAUUGCUCCUUUUGUUGGUGAACAUUUCUUUUAUUAUCAUGAUGCAGCAGUAAGGAGAAAUUAGCUGCUGGUCACCCUUGAAUGUGAAAGGAUUAGGCCACACUAAACAUCUAAAAUAAUAUACAUACGUAUUGUUGUAUUUUAGGAAGAAUCUGACAGUCGUCUAGCAGUCCAGGAAGCAUUAUCUAUGAUGGCACCAUCAUAUAAGAAAGCAGAUGCCACUAUCCUGGCUUUGAUAGAAAGUCUUAUACUCAGCUAUGUAGAGCAGGUAAUUUUUACAAAUUUCACAUGUACAUGAACAUUUACAUAUUCCGGGGAGUAUCUACAUGGCGUUGUACUUUGCUCAAUGCGAAUUCUUUCAAUUCUUUACACAGUCAUUGGUAUCAAAGGCGUAAGGGUUGCAAUUUUAUGUGAACGAUAACAUAGUGCUUGUCCAUUAAUUUUGCUUAGGUUUAAAAUGUUAGGAGAUAAAAUUACAGAUUAUUCUAGGGCUGCUUUGUGGUCUGGGGUUUGAUUUGGAUUAUACGAAAAUAAAGGAGGCGAGAUAAACAAUGUUCCUCCACUUUAUUUCAUUACAAAACAGCAAAAAUUAAAAGAAAAGUCCAAUUAACAACAGAUAUAGGGACCUGGGCUCAGAAGUCCUAGCUGUCGCAUAACAAGCAUGCCAGUUAUGAUGCAUGGCAUUCAUAGCUGUUGAGGAGGCUGCAGUUGUAACAGAAGCUUAGAAUUGCAUGGGAAACUAGCAUGAAAAGAGGUCUUGGUGCUACAUUGAAACUGAGAUUCCGUUGUCAAUUCUGGCAGUUCAAUGACUUCUCCUUUGGGGACAAAACAUCGAAAUUGAGGUCAUGAGGAUUGAUCAGCAGUUGGUGACAUUCCUUUCUGACCUUUUUGAAUUUGUGUCGAGGGAGGGAAAGAGUUCAAUUCAUUGAUCAGAAAACCCAAGAAACUCGAUACUGGUCCAUGGGGUUAGAAUUGAUUUCUAGCAUGGGUGUAUAAGCCGCAUCAACGUCGGGUCUGGGAGAUCUGCCGCAGAUUCUUUUUCUCUCAAACGAUUUUGAGAGUUUCCGGGAAUUGUCGAGAAAAGUAGCCAACUGCUCAUUCGCCUGUCGACGAGAGGAGGAUGAUGGGAAAUCCUCAUCCUAUUCUUCAUCAAUCUUUAAACUUUCGCUCAAAGGAGGUUGUUUAGGUUAAGGUGGAUUAAGCUCCCCACCUGUGUUGGACAUUGUAUGAACCAUUUUCCUAGCUGUUAUAUAGGCCCUAGGCUCCCCAGUAUCUGCUGUCUAACCCUCAGGUUGUUCAGUAGGAGCCUUGAGCGCUCCAGUUUGCUGAGUAUUGUGCUCAACAUCAACUUAAACACUUUUAUCCUAAUUUUCGCUGUUUUGGAUUGAAAUAAAGUGGUGUUACAUAGAGACAACUGUUCUGAAGUAUAUAAUAAGAGUUAUCAUUGAAUAUAACAUCCCUAAAGAAGGGGAAAUCAUGUCUCUCUCUCGUGAUUUUAUUGUUAGUGGUAAUUAUUUGGAGAUGAUAUUUAGGUACCCAUAUACUACAGUAUACGUUGAUGAACAUAAACAUCCAUAACAUUAGUCUACAUGACUCGUGUUGUGACUUGAAAGAACUAAUCACUAGCCCACCAACUAGCUUCUUUAAAAUCACAGAAGAAGUGGAAAGAAUUUGUCUCAAUGUCAUUUUUAUGUCACUCAUAAUUCUACAUUUUAUAUAUUUUUAUAAGCACUCUCAUUACAAUUUGUUCAAUUUGCAAUGCUUUCAUUGACAAAUUUUGAAACUUUACAUUUAACUUUCAAAAAUAAAGAAAUUUUUUUUAGGGCAUGCUGCGAUUUACGAAAAGAGAACUUAUUUGUUGGCAUUAUUUAGGGCUGUAGUAUCCAUCGAAGUCUUUAGAUACAACUUCCAGUGGAUAAUUCAGUGUUUAUCGCUUUAAAUGACAUCCCAGGUUUGGGAAAUUUAUUUUUCCAAAUCUGUGAUGUUAUUGAAAGAGAUAACCGUUAGGCAAGGAUAUUUAAGGAAAGUUUGCAGUGGUCAGAUACUACGAUAAGUAAUGUUAGACUACACGACUUAUAUUUGUUUGUUUGUUGUUGUUGAUGUUUUUUUUUUUUUUUGUUUGUUCGUUUGUUUGUUUGUUCGUUUUUUCUUAUCAAAACGAAGAAAAAAAGAUAGAGCAUUUAGUGGAUAAUUCAGUGUUUAUCACUAGAAAUGAAAUCUUAGACAAGGAAAAUUUGUUUUUCCAUUUUCUGUUGUGUUUAAAGGGAAAUUCAUUUGGCAAGGCCAUGUAGGGAAAGGUUUCAGUGGUCAUAUAUCACGAUAAAUAAUGCUAGACUACUCGACUUGUUUUGUUUGUUUGUUUGUUUUUGUUUGUUCUUGUUUGUUCUUUUUGUUACUAUCAAAACGAACAAAACUGUUAAAUCGGCCGAAGACAACCUUUUAGUGAACUUCUUUUGAGCAUAUAUGAUCAAUGAGGUACUUCAUGUAUAACGGGAAGAUGUUUUUUUGACCUUCUUCUCGCGGGCGUGAGACAGAGAAAAAGUUUUCAGUUUCCAUGAGGAACUAAACCUCAGACUUGCAGAUUCCGCGUUGUGAUGCUCUACCACUGAGCCUUAGAUACUCUGAGUCAGGCUACUGCGAGGUUCAUAUCUAACACAACCUGCAUACACUAGGAUCAUACACACAGGAUAGGAUCACCAAUGUCGAAAGCGUUCUAUGCAUAAACAGCAUAAGAAAAAAUGGUAAAUUUUGAGCUCGGUGAUGAGAUAGAGAAAGAUUUUUUUCGUCUUGUCACCAGUUUGGGACCAAGAAAAACGGCUUGUUUUCUUUGACAUUACAUGUAUUUUUAAUCUGAAAGGUACGUUAACAGUAUUUGUAACAGUAUUUGUUUAUAUCCAAUUCUUUUGCUAAGGAGACACACCAGGCAAGACUUGUCGCUGUACAGUUUGCCAAUGCCGUGUUCCCCAGGACACAUGUCUCAUCCCGUUAUGUGUGUAUGUUGGCUGUGGCUGAUGUGUAAGUCGCUUUCUCGAGCUAAGUUUUUAUUCCCACAUUUUCUCCUUAACAGAAGUGGUGGCUUGGUAGUUAGCGUGGUGGAUUCCAGAUCGAUAGCUUUGUUUUUGAACUCUGAACUUGAUUAAAACACUUCAUUUAAAGAGUGUUUCCUUCUGUUUGUUAAAUAUGAACACAGCUGUCAAACGUCGGGUAUGGGCAAGUGAGUAAAUCUUCCCCGGCCGCACGCCAAAACACAGCGGUCAAACGUAGGGCAUGUGCAAGGGGAUCAUUUUUGGCCGGCCGGGCAUCAAUUUUCCGCGCAAAAUUUUCAAAGAUAACAUUAGAAUCAACCGUCGUCACGCAAAGUAUGCGAAGAAAAUAAAACGUUCAUAGAAAUCUGGGAAAGGAAGCGUAAGUAGGGAGAGGAAAAACUCAAGACUUUUCCCGCACUUAAUUACGGUUAUCCUGUUUCUUUACCAUUUUUUUUUUUUUGGAGCUUUAUCAAAAAAGUUGUAUUGUUUUACACAGCACCGUGACUUACUAGCUUGUGCACAUAGUUCUAAGAUGACAACUUGGUUUGCAAACAAACUUCGCUACCUCGCCAACACAACGUAUGCACAUGCGCAAACGUUUGACCGCUGUCUUCACACCAAUAUCCCGCAAAAGAUUUCUAGGAUAACAUAUGAAGCGACCGCUGUCAUGCAACUGAAAUACGCCAACGUUAAAUUGAAUUAUUCGUAAAAGUCUUGAAAAGGAAUAAAAGUAGGAAUAGGAAGACUUUUUUUUUUUAGAGUUUAUCUGAUUACGGGUUUUCCUGUUGUUUUACUAUAUUGUUUUGCUUUUUGUCAAAAGCGUCGUACACUCUAAAACAUAAUGGCUUCGUAGCUUGCCGGUAUGGUUGUUUAUUUCUCUUGUGAGAAAACUUCGCUCAUGGGCAGAAGUUUGAUGGUUGUGUUGACAAAUGCCUUUAUCGUAGUAAAGAUGAUGUUAAGGAAGAAGCACGGAGAGGAUUAAGAGGAGCACGAGUGGCUGAUAAGACAUUGAAAGAAGUCAGCGGUGGAACCGAAGGUGAACUUCCUUCCUUCGCAGAGAUGGUGUCAUUCGUGGCUCAAAAGGUACAUACAGUAGAUGCUUCUGACAGUUAAAUUCAAAUCUUUUGAUGUAACGUGGCAGGAAAAGGCUUUUGCUCAGGAGGUUCUUCUGUUUAUGUAAGAAAAUUUUGUCUUAAUUUGCAUCGCCUCGUAUUGGUUUACGCAUGCAUCGAUAUCUAACUCUGACGGCCACUUAAGUGCUCAUUUUGUAAUGCCAGCAUAUACUUAUCCAAUUGCAGAGUCUCGAAAGAUUGAGAAGCAAGAAUUGCUACACAGCAGGAACAACUGCGUUGCCGUUUGCUCCACCAGUUUUUUCACAGGUACUCUUAAUCUAACGUGCAUUAGAGAAAAACAAUUGAGACAUCAGACUUAAAAAUGAUGAUGUUUUUGAUACUUAGACGACAACCAGAAGGUCAGGGUUCUUUCCUCGGGAGCAAGGCACAAAUAUUUCGCUUUUAGCCUUUGGUUUAAAAUGUUGAAAUAAACACACUCCAGCUGAUUCGAUGUUUUCAGUGAAAAAAAUUAAAACCGUUUCAUUUGUCUUCCGCUCGCCAUUCGUGUCCAUGAGCAUAUCUUAACUCCAAAGAGACAAGGGGUGUGGCCAUGGUCCAAGUGUCAGGAAGACACUUGCGUAGAUUCCUUUACUACAGUACAGUCCUGCAAGCGACCCUGGAGACACCAUAUGUAAUGCUCCAGAUACGUUCCUGAUUCCGAAGCAUAUAGUCUCAUGAAACAUUCCCACUCCCCUUGAACGUGAUUUUAGUUCAUGGCAGGUUACACCAACAUUUCGUCGCAGACAAACUACUAGUUUCCCUUCCAGUUUGCCAUUACCCAUGCACGACUAGUAGGACAGAAAUAUUGUAAAAUAAAUGGUUUGCCCAGUAACACUGCACAGUGUUCCUGGCUAUUUACAGUCAGUAGUGUAGUAGUUUUAACCCUUUAACUCGCAAGAUCUGAUUGUCAAUUCUCCCCACUUGCUGUUACAUAUUUCUUUCUAAAUUAGUUAUGAUAAUGUGGUGUUAGAUCAAGAUAAUAACUUUUACCUGAUAAGUAGAAGAUUAUCCUGUUUGUUGGAUAAUGUUGGGAUAUUAUGGGUAGAAGUAACUUCCUAAUCACUUUUAGAGUUAACAGAAGGUAACUGAUGAAAUAUGCCGUUAGUGUAGAGUUUUACGUUGUGGCAUUUUGCUUCAGGUGUUACUAUAUUUGCAAAAAUGUAUGGAAUAUGCUGCUGGUGUAACAGAAGAGGACCGGAUCAAAAACUGCAUUCUUCCAUCUGUUGCACAAUAUGUGGAGAAACUCUUAGCAGAUGUUAUAGUUGAAGGUAUACACUUCGUUCUGUGAUUAGUCUAGAAAACUAACCUCAACCUGUCAACUAAUCAGAUGCGUAACUAAAAACAAUUCGCCACAUGGUCAUUCACCUUGUUCCGUGCCUCAGGUAGUUUAACGCGGGAUUCUCCAUAAUUCCAUGUGUUAUUUUUGUUAUUUCUACACGACUACUGUGGUUAGUUUGGUUCCGAUUUCGUGAAACUCAAUGGAAAUGCAUUGUUAGACUUCUCCACUUCUGUACUGUACAGGGCGUGAAGUGUUGUUAAUUAUGCAAUUUCUUGACUCUGAUUAUAGACUUCCAGUCAAGUGCCGUGGGAAAGUACAUUGAACUUGUAAAACAAGCCCUCCAGUCCAUAGGAGGUAUGUUUAAUCAUCUUCUCUUAACCCUUUAGCCCCUAAGAGUGACCAGCGUCUAAUUUCUCCUUACAAUAUCACCCCUGAAUCACACAUUAAGGUAAAGGGUUAAAACCUCUUAACCCAUCAGAGUGACUACCAUCUAAUUUUUUUUCAUUUUUUCGCUACUGAUUCAAACGUUAAGGUUAUAAGAAUACAGGAAAUGACCACCCAAUCGAGAAGCUCUUAAUUGUUAAACAAAUUCUCCUGGUCAAUACCUUGGGAAAUGUAUAAAGAGGAUUAUGGAGAAUGUGGUGGUGUUGCCAUAAAAAAGAAAGAAUUAAAGUACAACACUCACCCCGCUGUAGGAUUCUGAAGAGUUAUCUAACCUUCUGAACCUAUCUUCAUCCAAAUCAAGUUGCCUAGUUCUGCGCGGUUUCAGCACACAUUGAUUAAUACUACUGUUAACCAAACUGUUGCAACCCUUUGACUCCUAAGAGUGACUAGCAUCUAAUUUCUCCUUACAACAUCAACCUUGAAUCACACACUAAGGUCUGAGUCACUCAAUAACGGAAAUGAUCCCCAACUAAAGAAGCUCUUGAUUGUUAAACAGAUUCUCCGUGUUAGCACCUUAAGAAAUGUCCAGAGAAUGUUUGAGUGUAAAGGGUUAAUCUUACCGUGAAUUUAUUUAUUGUAUUUUGGUAUCAUUUCUCUUACUUUUUGCUUUUUUCUUUUUUUUUUUAUUUAUUACUUUUAGGAUCUGAUCUUCACGCUGUGGCUCUGUGCUGUCUUCUCCAGGUUGUGUCUGUUGUACCGAAUCAAUUGGCAGGGAUGUUUCAUGGAAAACUCGACUGGAUAAAGGUAACCCUCCGUUAGACGAAGGGCUAACGCUCAAAAUGUCAGCUUGAAACUCUAUACGGUGGCCAUCUUAUAUGACCAACUCAGUUGAUAAAUCCAAAUUAUCUUGUUACACUCCUCCACCGACGCAGCACCACCGUUUCUUCAGCAAGUUACCCCCUUUAUGGAUAAAAGUAAGCUUGGUUUCAUCCAAAAUGGUCUGAAUUACGCUCAACACGCUCUCAAGGGAGUGUCAUUAUGUGUUAUCGUGUGCUCUAAUGGGGUCGUUUGUAGUAGUCUCUGGUUAUGCUCUGCUACUAUUACUUGUUAGGAAAUGCCUAGUUUUCUAGAUACUAUUGGCGAUUGAUAACAAUUCACAUUUCACUCACAACUUAACGUUGAUAAACAUGGGGCCUGUACGCAGUGUAAUUUUUUAAAAGAAACUCAAGAGUCACAGUAUUCGUUGUUAUCAGUACUAAAACCGGUACCUUUAUCUUUAAGCUUUUUGCUUUUGUUUUGUUUUGUAGAGUUUUACAUUUUCAAGUAGAGAGGAUGCUCGUCAAUAUGCCGGCCAGUUAUUGGCAGUUGUUACCUGUACAAUGGGGGAAGAAUCUUUCACGAAUGUGAUUAAGGAACUCUCUGCAGCGCUUGAUAGUGAGGUUGGUGAAACACAAGGUUAAUUCAGAGAACAACAUGUCGCUGAAAUGGUAAAACACUUAAAAAGAUUAUCUCCUGGACGUCUCCCAAACAUAGUUUGAUCGGAAGUUCAGUCAAUUAUUUGCAUUUUGUCCACAGGAUUUUAUAAGAUGUAGGGUAACAAGGGAGUGGAAAAUAUUUACAAUGUUUAUAAUUCAAUUAAAACUUAGACACUCGUGUUAAAUGAUCGCUGAUUUGGCCCACUUUUCCAUAAUCAUGAAACCUUGGGGAAAAAAUUAAGUUAAAAACAACUUUUUUUCAGCGUUUUCAUGAAGUUGAAUAUUUUUCCGUUAUCGCAAGCGUCAUCCAUUAAGUUCGGUGAUUUUUCGCCGCGCAGUCGCUCCUCGUCUUAAAAAUCCCACCUUUCUUUUUCCCUUUUUUGCUAAACUAAUCUUAACACUAUACGCGAUGCUUUUAGUUGUUUGAGAUGCAGCUUGGAUCAGUGGGCACAUUGGGCUUCGUCAUAGCCAGGCAUCUUUACCAGGAGGCAUUAAAAUCUGCAGGCAAACAAAACCUGGUGUUAGAAGAUAUGGAGGUGGACGACUCCGGCAAUGUUGCAUCUGUAGCCACGAAAGAGGAGCUUGUGACAAGCAGCGUGGAAAAACUAGGUUUGAUACAUUUUUAUUCCGUAUUUAUGCUACAGUGUUACGUGAGAGGUUUUUGACGACAAACGAAAAUGUCCAUGGAAGAAUAUCCUUUUAUUAAACUUUUUGCAAUCUCCUUAACAAUUUCUCUUGCGAACUGUGACUGUAUUAGAAAAAUUGGUGCUUGAAAAGUAUUUUCUAGUCAUGCUUUUCCUCGUUCAAAAACGGGAAUCUCAGAUAAGUAUGCGAGGAAUUCCAAGCAAAAGUUGCCUGCAGAAAGGCGGUUUAAUCUUCCCGUUUCGAGGACUAUACCUUAAGUGUCCUUCCUCUUCACAUCAAUACGGGUUUAUCAGUCUAGGAAUGGAAACUGUUUACCUCCGAUGAGUAAGGUUAUUCAUGAUAUGUUAGCUUUUCCAGAUAUCCCACAAAGAAAAAGUGAACUUCGUUUUGAGGAGCUACGUGGCGGUUUCUUCUCAAUUCAUAGCCGACCGUGCUCAUUUUUUGGGCAGCAAUGCCUUUUUUUUUUCGGGUUUUCUAUCUUAAGGAACUAAUGUUUUUAAGUCUCUUUUCAAGUGGUGGUUUCUAUCGCGUAUUAAGAACUUUUUUUUUCUUUUCUGUUACCUUUAUGUUGAAUUAGAAUAUUGUUAUGUUAUUUUGGCAGUGAAACUCUUGAACAGCAGAAAUGCAUUGAUAAGCUGUUCUGCUUGUCAUGCUAUUGGCGAGAUCGGUCGAAACGGACCGCUUCCUCUUCCCGCUGGACUCGAAAAGAUGGAGCAAGGUUAGGAGAUUUAUUAUCGUUAUUUUUCUUUUUCUUGAAGCUUUUAACGCUGCUGAUCCUAGCGGUGCACAGAACGCUUGUCACACAUGAGCCACUACAAUGGGUGGAGAAACUGGGCGUCCUGGCACGUUGUAAUACUAUUUAAUUUUUUCCUAUAUUUUCCAUUUGUCUCCUCCAUUGUAAUAUAUAAUAGUGACUCAUUUCCUGUUAGCAAAUUGCCUUUUUUUUACAUUGGUCGGGAGAAAGAGGGUUUUUCAAGUAAUUUACUAGAGAAGAAUAACAAGAUCUUGUUCAUUAUGUUGAAUGGCGCGUUGUCGACCAACGACCUAUGGGAAGCGUACCAACUUCAGUUGCCACUCAUUGUAGUCUUAGUCUUUGGUACAGAUAGAAAAGUAUCCUUUCUUACAAUCAAAUCACCCGGCGGGGGACUCGAUUCUUCUUUGUCUCAUUUGUAAAUUUUCUUACAACACCGACUUUCGAAUCACAACUCACAAGAAUUUGUGAUGUUCAUAUUCAACAGUCAUGCACAUCAUUCCUAUCAAUUCCCAUGAUAAGAUUCUGCUUUCGAUGUGACACGACACCAUGCUUGGGGUCAGACGUUUCACAUCUUUCUCAAGGCUUGAAUUAUUUCCGUCGUAGUUAAUAAGUUAGUACAGCUACCUUAAAAAUAUGUCUGAAUACUUCUUGAUAAUGUAAUUCUCUGAGAACUUUGCUUGUAUUUAAUAUUUAGAUGUAGCCACUGGACUAUCAGCCACUGAUGAUCAUGUUAGCAAGUUGUCAGUCGUUGAAAAACUGCUUGACACUUUAGAGAACUCAAAGGAGAAUAAGGUACUUUAGUCAAUAAUGUUUUGAUCCUUCUGGGAACGAUAUUCAUAACAUUGAUUGAUUGAUUGAAAUAGAAUAAAAAAGAUGGUGAGUUUUGAGCUCACUAAAAAAACAAAAUACGUUUUUUCGUCUUAUCACGAGCGUGGGACAAAGAAACAAUUCUGAGUUCCCACGAGGAAUCGAACCUCAGACUUUCUGUUUCCGCGCUCCGAUGUUCUACCACUGAGUCACAGCGAGUCUGUGGUGAGCAAGCCAUUCAUUGAUCAACUCAUCAAAUUAUCCCAUCGAUAUCUGGAGCUUUUUGUUGUUGUUCUGUUUGUUUGUUUUUGUUUUGUUUUUCUGCCAGAUUAUUUCAUCCUCUGGUCAGUUGCAGGGAAACAAUUUGAGUCGCGACUUGUAAAUUUGGUACAUGUGAAUAUUGAUAAACUAAUUGAUGGACUGUUGAUUGGCAGGUCAAGGAACAUGCCGCCCAUGCCCUUGGUUUUCUUAUGGUUGGAGAUGAGAAUUUCCCGCAUCAUGAGAAACUGAUUGAUGGCCUGUGUGAAGCUGCUAAGGUGCUGCUAUCUUCAUGUAUAAUUUUGAUCACCGAAACCCACAAUUCCCAGAACCGAGUUUAUCCCAAAUGAGAAAUUAGUUCCUUUUUGACAUUAGACCAAUAGAACCAAUUUCAAUUGAAUGUCGAAAGAAAUCCGGUAGAGCACUGGUUUCGCUUUACUUUGGUCAGUGAUUGUAAAACAGAAAACUUGCGCCACUUUUUCAACCAAUCAGUUGCAAACUACAACCAAACAGGAAUUGGUCGCCAGCAUUUUCUAGUGGUUUGAGCUGUUUACUUGUUCUUACUCUUAGUUCUCAUUGACGCUUUUGGGGUAUUUUCACCUCUUCUGAAUUACCGUUUUCAUUACUUUUGUUUUCGUUUAAUGACACUCAAUCGGAAGGCUCUCUCACAGUAAGACAGUACCAACCAGUCUUUGUUUCCUUACUUAACAGAUCCGGCAAGUAGAAGUUCAGUUCACUAUAGGGGAGGCCCUGUCAUGCGCAGGGGCAGGCAGAACGUCACAGGUUGCCCUUGACCCCUGGGUAGUGGAACAACUUGCAAGUACUGCUUGUGAUAAGACAGAUGAGAUCAUGCAGGAACUUACUGAGAAGAUUAUCAACAAAUAUGCAACCAGUCCCACCCCAUACGUCAGACAAGUAUGUUUCUUUUGAUCCACCUUCAGACUCGUCCAAGCCUCAGGUUUCUGUAGAUGAGUGACACUUAUUGAAAAGAAAAAAGGCAGAAGCCACGGACAGGUUUUACUUAGUCUGGAAUUUUUGAAUAGAUUUGAGAAUCCACAAGCUUGUUUUUCUGACUGAAGAAAGUCAUAAAUCCAUAGAAUUAAAGUCGCAAUUUUUGCACACAUGCAGUGCAUAUGAAUGAUUAUAGAAAUUCAUACCCCUGAAAUUUGAACGAUCCUUGAAGCUAUUAUCUACUUAAACUAUACAGCAAUUUUCAAUUUAGAGUUGAAAGUAAACCGAAACUGCAUUUAGUCCUCUUCCUUGCGCUUUGCGAUUGGCUUGUGUAGAAAUUUCGGUCCCUCCUUUCCACCCCCUCGGAUGCAAAUUACACUCCCAAAGACAAUGUUGCUCAGCAAGAUGGCAUAGAUACAUAGGCAGUUAACAAAAGUGGACUGGGGAGAGGGGUGAAAGAACAUCAUAGACAGUGUUAUGGGGAACUGUCCCAGUUAUUUACGUCUGGGAGUGUACAACCAAAAUCACAUUUAAAUCAUUUGCGGUGUCACUCGUUUGCAGCAGUUUGCUUGUUUUAAUUUGAGUUCUUAUUGUUUCCUCGUGUAUCAAGUUAUUCGUUGUGGGUUACAUGAUUACUUUGUGUUUGGCAUGACGACACUCGCUCUAAAAGCUCUUUCAUAACCGCAAUUUUCUCUUUCAGGCUUCUUGCAUUUGGCUGUUGUCACUUGUGAAGUAUUCCGGGAAUCACAAAGUUGUUCAGGUGUGGCUUUUUGUUCCACUGAUCAUGACUCAAUGUUUUUUAACUAUUAUUAUCUUUUUAUUUUUCCAUUUUUUGAGGAUCUAUAUUUGGCUAUUAAAGAGGUAAUGUUACGAAUUUUUAAUUCUUCUAGUUUUGGGUGUAUUCUGUGAAAGGCUGUAUAAUCUUUUUUUCUUCUUACAGGCAAAACUUAAAGAAAUCCAAAUGGUGUUCAUGAAUAUGUUGGCAGAAACAGACGGUAUGACUACGCGUUGAACGCUUUGAUGUGUUACUUAUCUGAUAUCUUAAUCCUUAACACCCAAGCAUCAGUCUGCUUAUUCUCCAUGCUGUUCUCUGUGCAUUUCUCAAGGUGCUGACACGGAGAAUUUGUUAAAUUUCUAAUAACCCUAAUGUUUCAUUCAGAUGUGAGUCUGUAGAGAGAAAUUAGAUGUCAGUCACUCCGAAGGGUUAAGGGAUGGACCAAUUAGUCAGUUUCCUAUUUUUUUCAUCACCAUGACGUCAAAUAAAACGAUUAAAAAGACCUCCAACACAAGUCUUGAUAACCUACCGGCAAAUAUUAAUUUAUGCAUCACCCAGAACAACACAUAGAUUAGAAAUACGUUGCAAGUUUUCAAGAGGAAACCAAAGAGCUUUUAUCGAAAAAGAUAGAAAUUAAGAAAAUAUUGAAACAGGUGAUUCGUCUUUCCUUGUCACGAUGCAAAUGGAUGUCUCAAAAGCAAAAACAAAUGCGGAAUACCUCAUUUUCAGAAAGACUUAGAUGAAGUAACCUUUACCUUAACUGCGCCUGCAAAAGCCGUUUUUCUAUUAGCUUGUGGCCUGUGUUUAUAGCUUAUUAUUCCUGUUAUCAUCCCAAAAAAAACCUGACACUUUUUCACGUUUACUUGUAGUUUAUUAUUAUAAAACUCGCAUUUUUUCAUUUUGUUUCCAGACCUCACUCAAGAAGUAGCUUCGAAAGGACUGGGUCUAGUAUACGAACAUGGCGACGGAGAGAGCAAGAAAGAGCUUGUUUCCCUAUUGGUUGAUACGCUGACGAAUGGUAGGAGGUGAGCACUUAACUGAGUUAAUAAUUAACGAGCAGUUCUGUAACGAUACUGAGAUUAAAGGAGCUAUAGGCAUUAGAUGAAUAUUUGUGCAUCUUAAUUAAUUUAACCUCUACAUUCCAGUGGGUCAAAUUUUAACCCGUGGUAAUCUUCACCAUACUCGAUCAAGUUUUGCAACUGAAAUAGAAUACAUGAGAAUGAGCUGUAUGCUCCUUCUUGAGAUUCCGUAGAGUAACGUAACUGUUCAAAAAGUGUCUUUAAUUAUGCUUAAAAUUUGACUGUGAACCUCGCCAUUUAAAAAAACAAAAAAACAAAAAAAGAAACAAAAAAAAAAAGAGAAAAAGAAACCGCAACGUGGCUCAAAUAACUUCUCUAGACUUUUGUAAGCUCCUCAAGCGUCAGUGAAGUUGCAAAGAUUUUUUUUCUUUGUUAUUUUUUGUUUUUCUUUUCUCGUUUUUAAAACUCUUUUGUCUUCUUCGUUUCAGGUCAGUCCAGCACGUCACCGGUGGAACCAAGUUUUCUGAGGGGUAGGGGGUGUCUUCUGCCAUUAAUAACGAUUUUGAUAUCGUCACUGUUAUUCUGUCGAAGUUUUGAUGGACACAAAACACGUUGGAUCAUCUCUUUCAUCAUUGUUCUCGAAACGAUCCAAAAUUAACGCACUUUAACGUAAAUAGUCCAGAAAAAAUGUGCAAUAAAACAAUUAUUGAAUUUGGUUUUCGCAUGAUAUUAUGAAUGAUCAAACCUCGUUUCUGUGUUAUCUGACUCAGACCUCGGUUUUGAUAAUUAAUGAUAUCUUACUUAACCUCAUCCAAUAAUUGCUUACUAUCCUUCGCUAGUUUCAUCCAUUGAUUUUGGGAAAAUUUAGCAGCAAUUCGUAGCCAAACUAGAGGGGAGCACGCUUUACAGCGUAAAUGUAACUACACACACCAUGUUAUGUACUUGCGUUAUGGUGUACUAAUUAUGGAUGAAUGCCAUGGCGGAUUAACAGAAAUUAGACAGGACUAACGAACGAGCCAUGUUAUUAUGUUCUUCCUCACAUCUCACUUGACGUUUUAGGAGCGGAGUCUCCACCUACAAGGAGUUAUGUUCCAUUGCAAGUGAUCUAAACCAGCCAGACCUUGUUUACAAGUUUAUGCACCUUGCAAAUCAAAACGCUCUGUGGAACUCCCGGAAGGUAUCGUAUGAAUUAAACAGUUUGGUUUUGUUUCGUAUUUUGUUUUUGAUUAAUGUAAUACGUCAGAGGGCAUAGGCUCGUGCCUCUCUAAAUACCUAGGAGGCGGCGAGUCGCUUGUGAGCAGUCUCCCACGAGCACUGUUGACCGAUCAACUCGCGGGCCUCUCGUAACGUAUACGAUGGUUGGAGAAGCCUCCUCUGUUCGCUUACGAGAUGCCCGUGAAGCAGCACCAAUGAAAACUUCCACAUAAGCUACGUGGCGAUAACCAUGUCUAGGUUGUUUUACGAUUGUUGGGUUUUGCCUAGGCCUGGUUAUCACCGAUCGCCUAGAUCCCAAUCAUCCAGAGUGAUACUCAAGCAAUCGGGGCAAUUACAUGUAAACCAGGUCAAACGUUCUCUGACCACCCGAAACAUCCAGAAAACAGAAAAUUAAAAUUCUAUGUUUUUGUUCUUCUUUUCUUCCAAGGGUGCAACGUUUGGGUUUUCAUCCAUAGCUGCUCACUCAAGAGAGCAGUUGGAGCCAUACCUUCCUAAGAUUGUACCAAAGUUGUUCAGGUAAACAUAAAUUACUUUUUUCAUGUUAAGUAUUUUCACAUGCGAUCUUUGUUUCUGGCUAUGUGUUCGUAAGAGGUCUCUGAUGCUGUGAAGCAGUGGACCGUGUAAUGGCUAUGCUCUUUAUAGAAUAUUUAGAUUGUUUCUUUAACCCAUCCUUUGGACAAAUGUUGAACACCGUAAGGUAUUACAAGAAAUUCAUUCAUCUUGUCACGAUCUCAUUCACAUAUCUCGCUCAACAUAAAACGUACUGUGGUAACAGGUGUGAAUUUAGUGACUGAAGCGGAGCCGCCGUAACAUGACUACGGGUUUCGCAGCACCUGUUCUUGCUUUAGCGCUUCUUGUCAUCGCCGCCUCAGCGGGCAAACCGCCCGGAGAAAGAGUUUGUUUUCCCGGAGGAAAAACCGCGUCAGCUUAUAUUUGCAGAAGAAGAAUCGUAGCCCUGAAAUCUCGAACUGCUCGGGUAGCGGAGCAUGCGCAUUCAUUUUGCCGCUCUGUCACCUUUACAAGGCUCAUAUGUGACAUGCGCAGUGUGUUGUGUGUGGAAAUGGAGAAGAAGUAUAUUCCUGUAAUUCUACCCUCCAGGUACCAGUAUGACCCCAAUAUGAAAAUACAACAGGCAAUGACCAGCAUCUGGGCUGCUCUCGUACCAGAGACAAAGAAAACGGUUGGUUUAUUUAAGUCGUAGGCUAGCUUGCAAAACACUCUCUGUUUCUUUUAAUACAAACGGAAGAAGCGUAAACUAAGCGGGAGUUGUGAUAAAACCUGAAGUCCAAAGGAGGAAAAUUGAAGGGCAUUUUUUUCCUCCUUUUUGGAGUAUAUUCCUUUUCGUGUAUCCCGGUUAAUUUAACGUUCCUCCCAUCUGACGUUGAGGAAAAAUGGAAAAAAGAAAAAAAGAAAACUGCAACGUAUGCUAAUCAAAUCCACUCAGCGGUAAUUACAGCUUCCUCAGCAGUGCGUAUCCAUAGAAAAGGAAUGAUUAACAGAAUGACUAAACACCUCCUUGUAUUCUGGAAUUGAUUGGUGAUAGGAACUUAGUAAACUUGCAUUUACCUAUUGCAUAUUAACUUAGUUGGGAGUUUGAACAGUCAUGCUUGCAUUUUACGAGCCUUAAGUGGAUGUGUCACUAUUAAAUCCGUUUUUCUUUCGUUAAUUUAGUUAAAACGCAAAGUGGGGUUCUUCGAAUUUUAUCCGGUCUGAAGGGCCUUUUCAAAAAGCUCCGUCCUCUGAGGACAGUUCACCCGGUUAAGUAUGGACGAUAGGGCUAGCCGUUGGAAUAAAGUCACGCUUUCAAAGUUUCCGCAUCCUUAGUUUUGAUGUCAUUUGGUGUUUUAGGUGGAUAAAUACGUGAAUGAAAUACUAGAAGACUUAAAAACAAGUCUAGAGAGUAACAUAUGGAGGGUAAGACAGUCCAGGUAGGUGAAAAAAGCAAAGAUCAUUUACUUAUAACUUUAGUCUUUCGUCACAGCGAAGGAGGAAGGGCUUGCUCUUGAAAUGUCAGCUUCAGAAACUCUUAACGGUGGCUGUUAACAACAGACAAAUUACCUUGUUAUACCUUGCACCUACGCAGCACCAUAGUUUCUUAAGAAACUUACCUCCUUAGUUCAUAUGUUUAAAGUUUACUUUCAGCUUUGGAGGUGUUUUUUUUUUAGGGAUAAUACUGUGAAUUGUGAGGGUUCAAUAGCGAAGGCAUCACCGACAUUGGUUUUUAAGUUUAUUGUUUAUGAAAUGUGUCGUAAAGCGCUCAAAUAAUGGUGGUAAAUCUAUCAGAACUUUAAGAUGAGUCAGAUACUGGUACAAAAAGAAAACCAAAAACUGAACUUUUCUGUUUACAGUAGGUCGGUUAGAUUUUCUGUCGGUCUGUCUAUAUGCCUGAUUGUCUGUUACCAGCCCUACCUUCUAUUCCCUUUACUUGUGUAGCGUUUCCCUUUUCAUUUAUAAAAUUUUCUUAUCUUUGUUUUUAUUUUCAGUUGCAUGGCUCUCAGUGAUCUCCUCAGCGGUCGAUCAGUAGAGGACGUGCUCGACUCUCUCCCCAAACUUUGGGAGCUGUGUUUUAGAGCACGAGAUGACAUUAAGGUUGGUAAUAAAUGAAGAUUUACGACAGAAAAACUCUUGGAUUUCCAUGUUAAGCGAAUUACUCAUGAGUUUCAAUAACAGCCAGUUACGAGACCUCCGCCUAUAAGAACUCUCACCGCCGUCUGCUGAGCCAGCGAGCAGGCUCUCGUAUUUGGGUUUUGCCUAACGGCGAAACGGCCUAUUACGCUAUCUGCAGCCGCUUAGAGGAAAAGCUAUUGAAAGCUCUGAUUAAGUGAAUUUCUCAGACCGGGUUCCAAAAUAAUAUAUAUUUUCAAGAAAAUAACCACCCUUGAAUUUUGUUUCCUUGUAAACGCUAACAUUUUACUGUAAAAGGGUUACUCUUUCAAAUGACUUCGCCUGGGUUGCCUUGAAAAGUAUCCGGAGUAAUGUAAAUAAGUGGAACGUAAAACUCAGUGGUUACUUUGCAGGAAUCUGUCAGACAAGCAGCCGAAGUAGCUUGUAGGACACUUAGUAAGGUAUGAAGGAUUCUUUUGUUGAAUUUAAAGACUAAGGUAUUUGUGGUGACGUUAUCACGUCACUUCGUUUUAGAACUUGAUUGGCAUGGAUAACUUCUUUUAUCUUUUGAAAUUUACGUUAUUACAGACUGCUAGUCUGUUCCUCAGUAACUCGUUUUCACUAACAGUUGUCCUUGACUCAAAAUAAACGGUCAAUAUCAGUUAAUUUCAAUUAUUGAACGACUCCCAAUUAAAUUGAGCAAUUGCUAGGCAUUUGAGGAGAUUUAAUGGAAACCAGUGUUUCUCUGAGUGUGUUGAUUAUCUGGACUCUCGACGGUUUCGGGGACGAUUGAGACGUAAUAGGCGGAGACAUCAGUGGAAACUAUGUUUAUGGGGAAUAUGCAGUGAGUUCUUAAUUUGACUUGAUUGUGCAGGUGUCUAUUCGUGUUUGUGAUGUAAAUCAAGGCAAGCUUGGUGAAACAGCUAUCGCAUUAGUCCUUCCAACUCUGUUACAUAAGGGAGUGGCGAACAGUGCAGACGAGGUCAGAUCUGUAAGGUAACGGCGUAUUCCAAUUAGUACAACUUGAUAGAUUAGUUAACUGUGUUAUUUCGUCGUGAACGCCAUCAGUAAUCAUAGUCUUCAUACUAUUAACUAUACUUUUUCUAGGGUGUUGACAGGGAGAAUUUGAUUAAUAAUCAAUAGCUUCUCCAGUUGAUGAUCAUUUCCUUUAUUCUCAUGAUCUUUAUGUGUGAUUCUGGGGUGAUAUUGUAAUGAGAAAUAAGAUGCCAGUCAUUCUUAGAGGUCAAACGGUUAAAACGGAUCGAAUGCAUAAUCUUAUUUCUUUUUGUCGUUACAGUCUUUCUACAAUAGUGAAGAUCAGCAAGAAUGCGGUAUGUUCCUCUGUGCGCUCUUUUGUCUUUAGAUAUUCUAAUGUCAGGGGGUUCAGUUCCUCAUAACCGUCGCAAUUUCAAUAACAUGGUUCACGUGGAUGUAUCGGCGGGAAAAACUUGACCCAUGGCGGAUACGUUAAAUUAUGGCGGGAAAACGACUUCGAACAGAUCUUGUAGCUCUACUGAGAGAGUAUUAUAUUCUCUUCUAAAAAGCAGUGAAGUUGGCUUCAAUUAUAGCUUUUUACUUAUCAAAUGUCUUCAUUUCCCAUAGGGUGCUCUGCUAAAACCUCACAUUCCAUUGCUGGUAAUCGCUCUCCUGGAGUCACUCAGUGGCUUGGAAGACCAGGUUUGAAAUUUGAAUUUUAUGCCAGCCCAGCAAUUCAGUCUGUAUCUGACGACGUACUUAUAGACUUAAAUGGAAAGAAAAUUGUAAGGUGUAUUCUGCUUGGCUUUACUGUGUUUUUGCUGCGGCAAUUUACCGUAAGCGCCCAAAUACACGCCAGGGGGCUUAUUGAUUUUCAGAGAGGGAUAGCGGAGUGGGGAACGGGUUGCAAACUUUAAGUGUUAGACAGUGGGCACUCUAGAGAGAGGCUCAGACUUAUUAAAGCGUCAAAGGCACAUAGGAAACUCUAACAAACCUUAUAACCCCUGCUAAGGUAGUUUUCGCAAAGACGGUAUUUCACAAAGUUUGCCCUUUAGAGUCACUUAAAAAUUGAAAGAGCUCUGUCCAAAAACACAACACAAAGACCUCGUUAGGACUGACAGCGGGAUCUAUUGUUCGCGGGACAAGUGUAAGAACCAACAACCAUCUCAAUUUCUCCCACACAGAAAACGUUCUUUAAGUAAUCUGUUUCACUUUUCUGAUCGUUUCCUAUUUUGCUUAAACAGUCGAUGAACUACUUGAGUCUACAACUGCAUAAAAGUGAAGACGUUCAAGAGAAGGUACUUGUGUAAAAACCUAGAAAUGUAGAUUACAAAUAAAGUAACUUAAAUGAAAAUGCCACCUCAGAGUAUAGCCGCCGUUUGACCACCAGUUACGCAGUGCAGCAUAGAGAUACGGAAAGUUUCAAAAUGGUGAAACCAAACUCUUCAUGAAACAAUGAUUUUAUCUGAAGUUGCAUUAUAAGGCGUUAAAAUAAAGAAAAACAUUUUGAAUUUGACUUAACAUGUUUUAACCUCUCAACCUCAUCCCUCUGGAAAAACUGGUUCAUCGUAACGGAUUUGAAAUCUGAUGAUUUUGUCCUCAAACUCUUAAAAAUUUAUUUAUGAACACUAAACUAAUGUUUGAUGUCAAAUCUCUGUGAGAAUAUAGUUUUUAAGGAAACUGUGGUACUACGUCGGUGGGAAUAUCGCAAGAUCAUUUGGUUUCCUCAACUGAGCUGAUAAUGUAAAGUGGCCACCUUGAAGAGUUUAUAAAGUUGACAAAGGGCUAACAAUCGAAACGUCAGCGUUAGAAACUCUUUACGGAGGGCUGUUUACAUUAUCAACUCUUAAGCAGUGGUGACUUGAUAGUUAUGCCCUUACUUUAAUUUCAGCUUGAAGGAGCGCGAAUCGCUGCCUCCAAGAUGUCUCCUAUGAUGGAAACAAUCAACAUGGUAAUAUUAAACAAAUAAUGAUACCUUUCAGAUAUAGUAUUUCUCAAAACUUCACUUACUUUUCACGAGCAACACAAUCGUACCAUUUUGUUUUACAAAUUUAUUCACAUUUUUGCGUUAUCCUUUCGAAUUUCAUCACAUUUAAAGCAAGCGUGUUCCUAACGUGUUCCCACGAUAGAAAACUGUACAUGUACCACAAAAUCCAAACAACCUUGCAAGGUAAAAACUCUGAUCACGCGUCAUUUGCAUUCCACCUUUAGCCUUGAGUACUUUUGCGGAACAUCACUAGAAAAGUCUAAUUUAUUUUCUCUCUUUUUUUUUUUUUCUAAGUUGAAUUAGCUAUCCAGGUCCAGAUAUCCUGGCACACCUUAGAGGUUUGCCUUGGCUUAAAAAAAAGAUUUUUCAGCUUUCAGAAUAGACUCUUACUAAAAUUUGGGCCAAAGUUAAAGUUGAGUAUUCUUGUUUACCGAAAAUCUUCCGUCAGUGCAAAUCAAACUGUACCCUUUUACACGUUUGAAUAGAUGGGAGUACAACAUGAACCGUAAGCCAUUCCAAUGUUCCACGUUUUUUUAGUUAAGAGUGAAACUCUGCAAAAUUUAUUUAUCAAAUGAGGAUGCUUAUUUGGCUGCAGGCAUCAAUUACUUUCACAGGUUGAUAAUUGAGUUGUGUUCAUUUUUAUCUGCAUUGACGGUAUGUCGAGCUGAAUGAAAAAAUCAUUCCAUCUCAGCCUCUAAACUCGUUCAAUUUUUUUUGUUUCUAUAUUUCAGUGCGUGCAAUAUGUUGACGAAACAGUUCUCCCAGAACUCGUACCCAGACUAUCUGACCUUCUACGAACCGGAAUCGGACUGGGAACAAAGGUAGUAGUUUUUCUCUCUAUAUGUUUGUCAUCACACCUUGUUAGUUUUAUGUAUUUGUAUUCAAAGAGGAGUCACUUGUAACUGAUUUUAUUUUUUAGGCAGGAUGUGCUAGUUUCGUCGUCUCUCUUGCUAUGCAGUGCCCCCAGGAAUUGAUUCCAUGGGCUGGUAAGUCUGAGUUUUCGAAUCUCUAUUGUAUCUCUGUGGUAUUUUGUUAACUGCUUUCAUAGUCUCGAACAUAACCUUUUUCAAACAAAACCAAACUUUCGACGUUAGAACAAUUUGCACCCAAAUGUCGUUCCCCUCCACUCCCCACCUCACCCCACCCACUUGGCCUUCGACUUUCAUUGUUGUAAGAAGGCGUUUUGAUGUACAGGAUACGUCACUUAUGAGCCAGCAAACACUGAUUAGAGAGAAGAGAGGGGAUGGGGGGAAUAAGAUAUAGUGUCCAAAAUAGUUUACGCGAGAGAAACUUUGCAUAUAUCGAAAAUCCUAUUUAAUUGGUGUCUUUCUUUUUUUUUGUCAAUCUACAGCGAAACUCCUCAACGCAUUGUCGUCUGGAUUGAGCGAUCGCAGCGCCUCCGUCAGAAAAUCUUACGCUACAGCUAUAGGUCAUCUGGUCAAGGUAAACCCACAUCAAUUAUAAAAAAUCCAAUGUCGUUCUUUACAUGUUUGUUAUUGUUCUAUUGUAGAAUAUUGAUGUUGUUGUCAUAGGAAUAGAUUCUUAUUUUGUCCACCAGCGAACAUUCCUAGUAAUUAUUAUUUGCCACGUAAUUGUGACCAUCUGUUUAUAUCUUGAUUAAACACAGGUCGCAAAGGACAGUACCGUGGAGAAAAUUCUCGAUAAAAUAAAUAAAUGGUACUUUGAAAAGGAAGGUAAAUGUUGGUCUUCUGUAAGUCAAGUUAAGUGACGCGUAACCAUUGGAACCCAUGUCGUUCCCUCGACCAACGUAAUCGCCGUUUUUUUUCUCGCUCACACUUUCUAUCGUCUUUAAUGACUACUUCUAAACUACUUAAUCUUUUAUACCCCAACACAAACAACAAAGGGAAGAAUCUUUAGUUAGCGAAUUAAAAAGCAAAAAGGAGCACAGUCUUCCUUGAGAGUUAAAAGACAAAACAAAACAAAGAAGGCUAACCAGGAGCUGAAUCACUGAAAAUGAAAUAGCGUGCUUGGUUCAGAAACACACAUAAACAAAAUACCCAACGCACGAUAUCACAAACCUAACAACUACCUGGGAGAAAAAUACACAUAGCUGGAGCAAAGCUAUUUUAUUAAGGAGAGAUAAUCCUUAGAGGGGGAUUUUAAAUCGGUUUCGGAAAAACCUCCUAAAAAUGUGUUAGGUUUUAGUAGACUCAUCUAAAAUUGUCUUGUUAUUUCUUAGCUUGUCUCGCCCAAGAGCACAUUUCAAUGACUUUGCAAGGGCAUCAAACCAGUUUUUUUUUCUCAGUCCAUCGUGUUAGCUAAUACGUUAUCACUUCUUCUACGCUGUCUUAGAACCGGUCACCAAGUUUUAUUUUUUAGUAUUAAAUAUAAAAUCGAUUAAAGACGCUGUUAUUUUAAACACUUACUUUCAGAUGAAGGUUUGAGGUUAGCUUGCGGUAUUGCUCUUCAAGCCGUGUCACGCUAUUCCCCGGAUGUGUUGAAACGCCACGCAGCCAAGGCCCUUCCAGCGGUCUUUUUUGCCAUGCACGGCAAGAAGGCAACAGGUAUUGUUCGAAUAUUUUUGGGUAGUUCUGAUGUACCAAGUUACAGGAACGAACGACAAUUUGACAACAAAUGUAUGUUAAGUGAAAUUUUCCGUUCUGUAGAUGAAUGAUUUGCCAGGUGAUUCUCAGAGAGCUGUACAUCUGUAUUUAGCAUCGUAAAACUAAAAAAAUUGUCAAUAGAAACGUCAAUUAGAACCAAAAAGAAAAAAGCAAAGGGAGGGUGGGUGGUUUCAUGCGAAAACGAUAUUAGGGUUGAGAGGGUAGCUUUAAGUUUUUACACCUAUCAGAGAGUGCCGUAGAGUAAAGGUUAAUGAAGUAUGUUCAUUUACAGCAAGCAGCAGUUCAAGUUCCAGCGACUCCUUAUGGGAGGAGAUUUGGCUCGAGAACACACCAGGUAAGUGAUUUGCUUUUCUUGUGGUUGUGCAAAUUUAUGCGAAAAUGCUGGUUAUUCUUAAAGCUAUGACUAGUCUAAAGCAACACCGUAUGAUAAUAGCAAUAAACUAAUCUCAACUGGACCACGGGCAAACAUUAAAUCUUGAGACACCAAAUUAACACUAAACAGUGUCAGGCAGAGGGCGGCUGUUAUUCAGUCAAGUGUUGCUGCGAGUAAAAACGAGUUGCGGGCAAACGCAGAUGAACUUUAGUAAUGCCAUAACGCUAAAAAUCAAACGUAGGAAGAACUGUUGACAGUGCAAAGGGCAGGAAAACCUUUAAACGAUGUCAAAUGCGGAUAGACUUACAGACGAGGUAGAAAUUCCAAGUGUAAGAAGUUUAAUAGGUGCGAAUCGUAGUGACAAGUAACUGACAAUAGUGGAAGAGAGGGAAAAAAAGGAGCGGGUACCUGUACGAUACGUGUCUUCAAUGCUUGUUGUAUGAAUCAAGAAAGGUUAAAUUGCCAACUUGUUCGCCGUUUUCGAGUGUUGAUUUUAUCAUUUCUCUUUUUUGUUUUUCUCUUUUUCGUCAGGUACCGAAGCAGGCAUUCGAUUGUACUUGGAUGAAAUAGUAUCAAUCACGUGUCCAGCUUUGACGUCACAGGCAUGGGCAACUAGGGCCCAAGCCGCCGUAACGAUUUCUGCCGUAGCGCAAAAGCUAGGUAAGGAUGUCGCUUGUUACGAAUUUUAACAAAUUAACCUUGCUGGAUGUCAGAGGUUAACCUUUCUGUUUUCUAGGUUCCUCUCUUUGUCAGCCUAACCUUGGUAAGUUGCUGAGUUCUCUGGUCAGCGGAUUAUCUGGGAGAACAUGGACGGGCAAAGUAAGUGCGCGUGUUUCAAAAAAGAUUAAUUUUCUGAAGAAAAUGGUAUUGUUGUGGUUGCGACGCACGGUAUCCAAUGUGGUAUACUGGUUUCAGUAUUUGAAACCUAAAUUAACAUCGUGUAUAAGACACAGUUUCAGACUUAGUUAUCUUGUCUUGCGUCUUGUUAAUUGAACGUGGAUUAUUACAAGUAGCAUGGUAAACUUGUGAAUUACGUCGUUUUAACUCCUACUUUUUGCACGAUUAUGUUUUGUUUAGGAAUCUCUGCUCUCCGCAGUAUCAUGUGUUUGUAUCAAGUGCAGGUAAGGCACUCAGACUCCUAAACGAAGGGAGAAUCGCAUUCAUGACAAAUUGCAAUAUGAGCAAUAAUUUCACCUGGGUGUCAAAGUAAAUCCAAAAUUGCAUUAAAUCUGGUUAUGCUUUGCUGCUUUCUGUGCUAUUUUUAAAAACCUUGGACCGUUCAAUAAAUCAGUCGCCAAACUUCAACCAAUCCUUACUCGGUUACUUGCAUAUUCUUACGUUAGAAUCCGACCAUGCAUGUUUACUUUAAGUUAUUUCUGGUUCCCUCUGGCAUUUCCCUUUUUUCUGAUUGGCUUUUGGGUUGUGGUUCUAUUAUAAUUGGACGACAAUUGGUUUCCGGAACGUACAGUUUAUAGGCGCCCUUUGUUUGUUAUUAAUGCAAAGUUAUAUUUUCAACAUGUUUGUUUAGAAAAAGCUCUUACUGAAACUGAGUCGUAUGAACUUUUGACGUUUAGUUCUGCCCUUUUCUCUUCACUAUAUACAAAUAAUAUUUUUUUCGUUGCGUCUCUAUGGUAGGAAGUCAAUACAAGACUCGUCUCCAAGAGUUGAUCCAGAUAUUGAGGAAGUAAGAUAAGACGACGUUUAGAUUUACAUGUGACGUGGAACAGAACACAGACAAAUGUCAAGAAAAAGGCUCCAUAUUUGAUUUGUGAAGAAGUUAUACUUUUUAUCUUUACCUCAUGCCUAAUAAUAUUUCACUUUGUUUUAUGGCCAUGUCCACGGCUCCAAUACUUGAGGGUUCUGAAGCCUGUUUCUCGAAAGUCCCGGUUACUUAACGGGCACGAAGCCAUAUUUUAAAAUUAAAAUAUAAAGAAUAGUGAAGCAGUUUAUGGCACCCUAACCAUUUCAUUUUGUGUCUUAAGCUGGUAGUUUUAUUGUACAACUUUCAAAAAUUUUGAAACCAUCUUCUUGAAUUGAAACAAAACAGCUUUACGGGCCCGUGCAGCUACCGAUGAAUAUGAUGCGGGAAUGAAUGUCUUGUCAUGUGGUUGAUCUUCAAACUUUUUCACUGAUGUUUCACUUCCAAUUUUAAGUGUUAAAAUUGUGCUUCUUCUGUAGGUACUUGACUCGAUAUUCAAAGAAUGCAAAAAAGAAAACCCAACGUACAAGAGAGCUGCAUUAAAGUGCUUCGGAGAAAUCGUCCAGGAAUAUUCUAUCGAUAGAUUUCAACAACUCUCCGAACUUUUAUUUCCUAUUAUAGCUCCUGUAAGUAUUCUGUUGGUUCACCAUUUAUCAUCCAAAGGUUAUUUCAAUUUGACGGAUUCUUCCCGAUAAAUUAAAAUUGUGAACAGUUACCUUAAACUCAGAAAUGGCCCCCCUUUCGUCUAGUGCUUCAUGGUUCUAGUUAGUCCUUCUUCACCAAAAAUAGCAAAAUGAUAAUUUUACUAUACUACUGUCAGAAUGGUCAUACCUUAGUGUUGUUAUUUUUCAAUUCUAUGGGACGUUAAAAAAUAGAUAAAUAAAUAAAUAUAUUAAUAUAUCAAUAUGUAUAUACUUGUCUUUGAAAGCCCCAAUUAGUUUCCAUGCUAUAAAAUUUGUUCGUCUUUCAAAUCAAGAAAUGGAUGUAGUAUAAUUGACAUACUGACUCAAAGCUCAUAUGAAAGAUAAUGGCAUUUUUGCUGGUUUUAAUCAAAUUUCUACUACCCUUUAUAAUAAGCCCGGCGAAGCACGGUCUCUUUUUUCACCUCAGGAUUCUUUCUUCAAAUACUCGCCUUUUAAUCCUGUUGCAAAUGUAUGCUUGAAUCUCUGACUGUGAGGAACUCAAUUAUCAAUGAUCCUUGGAUGUUUUGCUUGUCCAACGUACAGGAGCCAAAGGAGGAGGAAGAAGGCGAGGAAGAAAAUGGAGACGAGGAAGAGAAGGACAAGAAAGUGGAUCAAGAGUUCUUGGUUUGUUCUUUUGAGUGUCUGGGACAGGCGUGGCCAAAGAAUUCCACCGACUCCCAAGGUCAGGUUUCUUUUCCCACUUUAGCUUACGCAUCGUAACAAAAUCGUAGUUGUCGUAAUAUUAGCUGCCAGCUAACAUUGCUUGGUGUUUUUGACCAGCCAAUGUGACCGCUUAUAUUCCCUAUAGAGUAACGAGAAAUUACCACAGUUGAACCAUUUUUCUCCUUCAUCUUCAUUUAACAGACAAACACGGAGAGCGUUUUUGUUCCAUACUUUCUGCAGCCCUUACUUCAAACACUUGGAAAGUUCAAGUCGUGGUUUUAGCAGCCAUUAAAUUAUUUAUAGAAAGGUUGGUGGAAAUUGUUUCGUUUGUUUGGCUGCUGCUGAUUUUACGGUAAAGCAGCUUCACUCCGCUAUGCAGUUGGUUUUGACAUGAGUAAAUUGACGCCAACGGUUUUUUUUGUCGUCGGAUAAUUCCACUUUUAAAAAACUGUACGGAGCGCCUUGACAUGCUUGUGGAUGUUUGUUGAUCCACCUACAAAUGAAACUGCAAACCGCGAAAUUGAUUAUAACUGAUCAUACGUGAACAAACCUUGCAGUUAAACCGAAGUAAGUUUAAAUAAGUCAUUUUAGGAUCUUUGUCAAAAACUUCUCGAAUUCACCUGCCUAACAGAGAUCUUCAUGUUUCUAAAAUCAUGAAGUUGUAGCUGUUGAUUUUAUUUUUGGUAUUUAUAUAUUCUUGUCCAUUUUCUUUUUCUUCCUCACGUUUUGGACGUGUUUGCUAAUACAUCACAUUUUACUCUUCUGUUUUUUUUUUCGUUACAUUCCGUUCCGUUUUACUCCUUAAAGUUGGUUUCCCUCUUCCUCGUUUUGCUUUUUUUUGGCUCGGUAGCCAAGGCCCGCUAAUUUUACGCGCCCGAAGUAAUAGUUCAAAUCUAAUUCUCCAAAACAAGUCCAUUCUGUUUCGUUUCUUGAUCUCGAUAAUUUUACAAUUUUAAAAGUGUCAAUCUCUUGAUCUUGGAAGAAAAACUGCAAAUAAAAAUAAACUUUUUGAACCCGGAGAAACGGACCCCUUUUCUUCUUUCUAUUUAUAGUUGUGGAAACGGUAGUUUUCAACUUUUUUAUUUUGCUAUUUUUUUUUUCAUUAUUCUUUAUUUUCCAGGAUGAAUUGGGUCAAUGGAACACCCGAUGGCUCGGGAGAAGAGAGUAUCGAGAGAAUAACUAUGUUAAGAAACACCCUCGGACAAUUUGUUCCACCAGUUUGCGAAUGUUUAGGUUUGCUUGAUUUUAAUGAUGUUACAAUUUGUUUUAGAUGAGUGUCAUACGUAUAUGGCUCUAGUAUUUUAAAAUGGUUCACCUAGUCUUUUGGGAUAUGGAGUGACAAAGAACCUUUUUUCCCAAGAUCGUAGUCUGUAAACCCUUUUGAUCUUUUCCUUUCCAUAAUCUUAGGUUUUUCUCACCUCUUGGUGCUUGUGUGCUCGUGCAAAUAAUUAUUUCAAGGUUUUAUUUGGUGUGGAAGUAAUAUCCUGACGCUUAAAAACUAGCCAAAUGUAGGAAAAUAGCUCCCUUUAGGUUGGAAUGUUCCCGUCUUCGACGUUUGUCCCUCAAGGUAACUUGUAGUUUGUCAUAUUCUUCUGGGCGGUGUGGGAGCGCAUUGAAAUUGCCCAGCUCUGAAUUUUCUGCAGCAAAUAACUCGACUAUGACAGAUGUUGUUUCAGAAAGUUAGAAACUGUUUCAACUCGACAAAUCAACAGUGCUACAAGCUUUUGAACUUACGUUAGUUUUCAAGGAUCUUAAAACACCUAAACAUAAGUCAAUUGAAUAGCGCGUUUCAAUCCCUCCCUUUUAUGUACAUAUUUGAAUGUGUUUUGCUGCUUUAUUUUUUUCACAGAGGUUAAGAAGUAUGCUGCGGUGCGGUUGGGAUCAGUUGAAGUUCUAGAGACUAUGCACUCAGCUCUACAAGGUUAACUGAUUUAGUCUAAGCAUCCAGUCGAGAAGAGUCAUUUCAAUGAAUUUCAUCAUCAUCAUCAUCAUCAUCAUCAUUGCUCGUUGCGCCAACAGGUGCAUAAGGGCUGUCACAUUGUCCUCCUACCCCCUCACCCCCCCCCGUGGGGUUUGUGCCGCCGCCUUAGGGAAUUAAGUCAAACAAAAUUAUCUCCUGCCCUCUUUUCAUAGGGUGGGCUAGUACUCGAGAUGACCACUUUUCAAAUGCACUUCUGUGAUUUAAUUGCCUUGGGCAACGUGUUAUUCUGUAAUCAGGAAAGUCUCUCACUUUCCCGCUGGCGCAGCAUACCAGUCUUUUUUUCUCUAGAAAAUCAUCAAUAACUUGUUUCUUACAUUAAUUUUUUCAGGACACAUCCGCUUAUCACUGCUGACGGAAGAACUAAAGGAACUUAUAUUAGACAGUCUGAAAUACGUUUACAGUGACAAGGAACCUAACAUCCGGGAUAAAGCCCUAGAACUUAAAAACAAAUUUCUCUCUCUUGGCUCCUCUGGUUCAUAGCGUUAAAAACACGUCCAGUUAAAAUACGGAGUGAAGACAUGAAUGGUGUACAAUCUGACAUGGACCACCUUUCAAAGAUACUGCGCUUACAGAGAGGCCGCGGGUUGCGACUGCGCUUGGCCACUUAAGCGUGUUUAGCUGACACUCGAUCGAUGUAGUCGGAUAGGAAGGUGAAAACGCGCUCUUUUGCGUUUGCAUCGAUCAAUUAUUUAUUUUCCCUUUGGGAAAUCUGAAACAAUCAAGGGUUCAACUUUGUGUAAAACUAGAAAAUCGCUUUCGGAAAAAAAUUACCUCAAUCAAGAAAAAAUAUUGUUUCUAUUUCCAUAUUGAUAAAAUCAAAGAUAAAUGCAGUCUGCGAAGCAUUGAAACAGCUUGUUAGAUAAUAAAAUUAUCACGAUCACUGAGC